GUUCAUCUGGAUGGACGCUCCCUCCCAACUCUGAGCCUUUUUGCCUCUCCUCCUCCCCCCUCUCUCUGUAUGUGUGUGUGCACUCCGCUGGUUAUAUAAGCCUUUAUCACAAGGGUGCAACUCUGGAGAGGUGUAUAAGUGACGAUCCUAGAAAGGGGUAGAGGAAACAGACGACUACACUUGCUUUCACUUGGCUGUCCUGCCUUCUCUGUAUGAGCUGUAAUCAUGGCGAGGAACCUGCUGAAGAAUCCCAGUGGGGAUGAACAGCUGGAAUUCUGGGAGCUGACGGAGAACGGCGGGAACCAGUGGACGGUGGAAGACAUGCCAGGAGACUGUGGCCACGACUUCUCUAGUGACGGAGUGAGCAAGUACUUUGCGACCUCAUUUGAGCUGUGUCUCAAGAGACAGGUGAUCGACUUGUUAGCAGAGGGUUACUCUUGCGAGCAGCUGGACGCUCAGCCUGCCAUCACAGUGGAAGACUGGUACUGUGGGAGGACAGACUGCGGCUGCACCUACCAAAUGACUGUGUGUCUGCUGGAUGAGAAUCAAGAGGUCAUGCAGGAGUUCAAACCUGAGCCGGUGAUUCUCGACCCAGACAAUGACGACUGCUCAUGGAGACAGGUACAGAUCGGCAAUACAUUUUCUGAGUAUGGCCCUGGACUGCGCUUCAUCUCCUUUGAACAUGGAGGACAAGACACCAAGUUCUGGAACGGCUGGUUCGGAGUGCGGGUCACUGGGAGCUCUGUUACUGUUGAUGUCUAAUGUGCAAGAAAAAGAAGAGAGGGAGGGAAAGGGAACUAAAGAGAAGAAAAUGCCAAAAGAUAAAGAGGGAAGGGAGGCGGGGGAUGUAUCAGGGCACAGGGUGAAGGGUUGCCUUAUGCACAUACUGUAGCUUUUACCUCUGCACAGUGGCUUCAGAGAUUAUUCAGACCCCUUCACUUUUUGCACAUUUUAUUGUUUUGUUAAUUUAAAAUUUUUUUUAAAUCAUUCAAUCAUAAAUGAAAUGAAAUAUUCACAGUCCUGCAAAUAAAAAUGUCUCAUUUGCAAAUAUAUUCAGUCCCUUUGCUGGGACACUAAAUACUGUGGUCAGGUGCAGCUUUAAUUAUCCUCGAGUUGUGUCCAGCCAUUGGACAGAGGAUAAACUGAAUUGACUGGAUAUAAAUUGGAAAUUGGAGCGCACACAAACAUAUGUUUAUAAGGUCCCACAAUUCACACUGCAUUUCAGAACAAAAACCGAGUCAAUUCCAGUGAACCCUCUGUUGACCUCCAAUAAACAUGUGGCAAAGGUUUGAGUGUUUUCAGGAGCACACUGUCCACAGAAAUUGUCAAAUAUGGGAGAAGCUGGUGGUAGUGUCGUGUUUUGGAGGAGGUUCUUAGCAGCAGGGACACAGAGACUGGUCAGAAUAGAGGGAAGUUCACCUUUCAGCACAACAGUGCAUGUUAACAAGACAACACAAGGGUUGUUCAGGACAAGUCUCAGAUGAGGCCCAGAUAAAGUCCAGACUCAAACCCCAUAGAACCAUUGUGGAAAAACUUGAAGACUAUUUAGCUCACACACCUCCCCUCCAAUCUGAUGGCGCCUCAAAGGAUCUCCCGGACAGAAUGGGAUGAACAGCCCUAAAUCCAUCUGUACAAAGCACUUCAACCAAAUUUGAAGUUGCAAUUGCUGCUGAACGAUCUUUGUUAAAACAUGUUUUCAUUAUAUCAUUGUGGAUCAUUGAGUGUAGAUUGAUGGGUAAACAUUAAUUUUAUUAGUUUAAAAGUGUGGGAAAGGCAUGAAAACUCUCUGAAUCCACCUUAUUUUGCUGCUCAUGCUGUGGAAACAUGCAGCUGCUAUGAAGACUGUAAUUACUAAUUUAUGAGUGUGAACCACCGCAAAACACUGUCAUGGCACAGCUUGGCUUUACAUCAUAGUCAUGAAUCCUGAUCUUUAAUUGAACUAUCUUUAAUUGAACUACUACCUCUGCAUGGUGACAUAUGCUGUGGCUAAACCACAUAACUUGUGUGGUGGCUUGACUGUUGUAAUCAGUCAAAUAUGAAUUAAAAUGAUGAAAUUA